CCCUUGGCCAAAAAGGCUUGGUUUCUUCCCAUGCACACACACCACACACACGCCCAGAGGAUCAUUCUCUCGGAGAAGACGGAAGUGAGGAAGCCUCGCAUGACACACACACACACACACACACCCCAACAAAGCCACACACCUUCUGGGUUUCGCACAAGGCGCCCGGACGCCCCGGGGCUCCCGCAAUCCGCCCCAUCUCUGCUGCUUUUUCGAGCUGCGCCCGGAUUCUUACGGCCCGACUUUGGAAGAUGGGCAACAUGGCUUGCGUUCCCCAAACGCCCGGCCGGUUCCGAUAUUCCUUCUCCAGGAAGAAUUCCUUCAAAAAAGAACAAGAGAGCAAGAAAAAACUGGCCGGGCUCUUUGGAUUUGAAGCGGAGCACGAGAGAGAUGUGACUUCAGACAAAAUACUGCAAUAUAUUCCUGCAAAGAACUUUGCCAGCCAGGAGAAUGAAAAGGAAAACUUUGACCAGCGAUUCCCCAGCCUGUUCAAGAAAGGACGGAGGAGGACGGUGGUGCGGAACCUGGGGAAAAUAAUCCACUAUUCCAAACUCAAAUUUAAGUUUCAGCACUGCCAGGAAGCAAACGACUGCUAUUUGGAGCUUUUUCAAGAGUUUCUCUAUUUUCAGUCGCUCGGCCCCAACGGACACAAGUAUCAGGGUUUGCUACCCUUGACAGAACUUCAGCUGAGCAAACUGGAAAAUGAAAACGGAAUUCAGGAAGAUCUCCACGCUUUUCAGAUUGCAGGUGAGGACAAAUUUACAGGCCCCCUGCUUUCCCCGCUGACCAUCUUCUGCCCCAGCCAGGCGGAACUGAAGCACUGGCUCUACCACCUGGAGAAGCAGAUCAACUUGAGUGGAGGACGCCCAGAUUUGCCCCUGGAGUCUCAGAGGGCCUGGACGCAGGGCCUGCUGGGCAAGGAGCAGCUGCGGUGGUCGAUGCAAAACGCCCACGUGCAAGAAUGGAAGGGCACCCAGCGCAAGUCCCUGGGCGACAUCCUUUGCGUCUCCAAAGUCAAGUUGCAGCAUUUACCUUUCCAGGAACAGCAUCAUCGCCUCUUGGUGCUCUAUCCAUCUACCCUGGUUAUUGUCUCUGAGGAACGGAACGGCCUCUAUUUCAAAGGUGAAUUGCCUUUGAAUGCCAUCCAGGUACAAUUUGAGGAAAAUCAGAAAACCGCUUUUCUAAUAGAAGGCCGGCUAAUCAACUCCAUCCGGGUGAUCUGCUCCAGCUACGAAGAUUACCAAGAGUGGUUAUAUUGCCUUAAAACCGCCCAGUUCCGCCAUGCAGAUUCCUCCCUGUCUGGAUCGGAGAGUUUCUCCGGGUUGAAGCCUUCUCACCUGGCGCAGUUUUCAGGAAGCGGAAGAGGGUCACUCACCUCGGACGGCAGAACGAAUUCCUGGGCUUCUGCCGGGAAGGGGGCUACGACGUCCACCCACCACUCCCAAACCAGUACAGCUUCUCUCUCCGAGAGACAAUCGGUCGACGCGGUGCCCGAGAAUCGAUUAGCUGAAAGCUCUCUGCCGCAAACGGUUUGUUGCUCAGGAAAGCGAAUUCCGAAAGCCGAGCUGAAAAGAAAAGGGAGUUCUCGCAAGUCCAAAGGGAAGGGCGUCCCGCCACCUCAGCAGCCCCAGUGCCACCGGGAGGACCCCGAAAAGAAAAGCUCCAUCCCGCUCAUCUCGAAGCAACCCCGUGGAGAAGGCGUCUCCCCCGUGUACAAUGAGCCAUACUCAGCUCAGGCCCAUCAGGAGCAUCCUGCCGUCCGCCCGCUGCACCUGGACUUAAACAACCUGAAGCACUGGCACGUGCCAAGGAGUCAGACCUGCCCAGCUCCCCAAACCUUGGAAAAUAUCUCUUUGUCGUCUUCCCCCAUGUAUACUGACCCCUACACACCCAGUUCCCCCACCUCCCAUGGGGCUGCAAGCUCCUACUUCUUAGAGGAGCUUGGGAGGUGUCACAGGCCGUCCACUGUGGAUCACCAAAACGGCUACCCGGCUAUGCCGGUGUCCGUUCCCAUCUGCCAUCAUCCUCUGGGCUGGAAGAGCUUUCAACCUUCCUGUGGAAAUCAUUGGCAAGAACCCAGCUUUGCACAGAGAGGCAACGCCUCUGCCCCAGCCUUCCAUUUUGCCACAGAACCCGCACCAGAUGCCCAUUAUCUGACCACGAGCACCACAUCAGGCGAUGGCCUUCGGAUGCGUUCCUUGCCAACUUCAGAUGAAAGCUUUCAGACCUACAACCUGCCUGACUCAGGAGGGGAGCCCCUCGACUCGACGUAUCACGACUACGCGGAGCUGCAAAGCUUCCACGAGGACUACAGUUACGACAACAUCUGGGAUACAGAGGCAAAGAAGCCACCCUCCCCCGACGACCGUGAGAUCUACGAUUGCUAGGUUCUCGGUUCUCGGUUCUCUUUUUGCAAUGCGACGAUUGGACGGUGGAAAUUCUGGAGGUUCGGAUUCUUCCGGCUAUUUUUGUCCCAUUUCCUGUUCCUCUACUUCUGGUGCUCAUGGUGCUUGUGGAAAAACCUCUGAGAGAAGGAUCUGGAAUUCUUCCAUCUGCUAAUCCGUUGUGUAUCGACGCAGAGAUGGACCCUCGAUUCUGUGGUUGUUAUGAAGAAAGCUGCACGAUCUAUGGGGUCAGAACUCAACCCCAAGCAGCAAAAAAAACAAACCUCAAAAACCCCCAAAUCCCAAUCCGCUAACUGUUACGCCAAGGGACAAAUGCAAAGUGUGGUUUUUUUAAAAGCUGCCGUUCAAUGAAGAACCUGGGCUAAUAAAAAUGGAUUUGACUCUCUGGCAAGAUUAGGAAUUUUGAGGUAGCUUGUAGCAACAACACACACAAACACAUACACACAGACACAGACACAGCCUAAAGCAAACAAGUAUUAGACAUCCUUCCACGCUUGCAAAAAAAACCAAAACCCCGAUUUUUAUUAUUUUUUUGCUAGCUGAAAGCACAGCUGUUUCGAAGGUUUGCAAAGAGACAGCGUGGCUGGCAAUUUGGACUUGGGAUAAAAUGAGGGGGGUAUCCUUAGUCAAUUAGACAACGGCUGGAUCCGUACAGGGUGUGGUUGUGUGCAUACAAAUGUGCACAAGAAAUGACAGUCGGUUUUUACUUACACCCUGUACCCUUUUUUUCAAGAAAAUGUAUUUUCCCAGCCAAUUUUCUCUGCCUUUUGAUCUAGGUCAUAAAGAAGGGAAAUUUUGUACUCCCUCGGAUGGAGAAAUAUUUUGCUUUGUGAAAGCUGGUCGGGGCUACUUUGUGUUGAGUGUUGCAACACAACAACUGAUAUUCCCAGGGCCUAACACACUAACACUGCCUUGCUUGCUCUUGGGGACAAGUUGCGUUCUCCACGGCGGGUGGCUGUCCUUUUGUGAAACACGCUGCUUUGUUGGUUACCGUUUAAAUGAUAAAUGAUAAUAAUAACUCUGCUUGCAAAUUACUUGGCGAAGCAGCAGAAGGCUUGCUUUUGGGCAGACGGGCGAGAAGAGAAGAUUGUAAGAAGGGCAAGAGGAGAGGGAGGUGACGAACUGGUUGAUCGUUUCAGGAAGGGUUGCAAAGGGAAGAUUCUCUAGGACCCACACAUUACAUUGUGUGCAUUAUGUUGUGUUUGUUGUUAUUUAUG